CUGAAUCAAAUAUAUAUUUAUUUAUUUAAAACAAAACAUUGAAAUAAUUACAAUUGGUUUUACUCGGAUUACUUCAAAUCAAUAUCUCAAUUUCCCACAUCAAAUCAUUGUUCGCGGGGACAGCUGUCGCAGACGAUAACGUACACCAUUGUAUGGAGCGGCUAUGUGGUUUAUCGACCAUUUACAAAAUGGAAAAGACAAUUUAAAAUCAAAGUUAUACUGUACUUAUCAUUCGGAAAUAUUGUAUAAUAAAAUGUUUGACAAAAUAUGGAAGUGAACUUGUUGGAAAGAUGGAAGAGGAGAGAAGUAUGUCCGCUGAUCAGAACAGGUGUUGUGAAAGUUUGGUUCAAGAAUUUAAGCCAGAUAAUAUCGGAUUGGAAUAUGAAAACCCAGCAGAUCUCGUAACACCCCAGUGGCCAAUUAAUCAUAAAGGAUAUGCGGUGUACCGUGUAACAGUUGCUGUACUGAUGGUAGGAUGGAUAGUAGCCGAUCUCAUGUACGAAUCUCAAAAGUUUUACCAUGAUAGAAUAUGGUUAUACCUGGUAUAUGCUACAAACUGGAGUUUCGUGCUAUUAGUACUGAGCACGUGUUUUCAUGCAGUGUGUGUUAUGUUCUAUACUACUCGAGCUGCAUCCUGUGUAGAUAGACAGUCGUUUGAAAAGAUGCCACCAUCUUUAAAGCUUCAAUGGGUUCUUCAAAAUCUAGGCUAUAAUUCUGCAAUAGUAGUGACUAUAUCUUACUGGUCAUUCAUAGCCUUUCUUGACCAUACAGCAAUCCUUAUGACAGACAUGAGCCGAUUGAAGCACACUCUAAACACAGUAUUUGUUAUCUUUGAUUUAAUGAUAUCAGCAACACCAAUCCGGAUUUUACACAUGUUUAUUCCAGUCAUGUUGGGGUCUAUAUAUUCGCUUUUUAACGCACUCUACUUCCUGAAUAACGGAACAAUUUUAGAGGGAAGACACUACGCGUACAACGUUCUAAACUGGGAUCAUCCUCAGGAAGCUGUAAUCACAUGUAUGUUAUGCAUGAUUGAAUCCGUGCUAAGUCAAAUUAUUUUGUACGAAUUGUAUAAAUUCAGGCGUUGGAUAUAUUCAAAAACAUUCUUUGGACGAGAGAAUGAACCGUAUUCUGAAAUGCAAAGCAUAAUGACAGAAACUCCGAAGUAUUCAACUAUGGGAAAGGACCAGCAACCAGAUUUUUCUUGAUACAAACUGCUCCUUAGCCUAGGAUUUAAUUGUAACGACAUUUUGUUUGUAAUACUUAAGUAUUUUAAUAAUCACUCAUAUUUCUUAAAGAUGAUUGUUAUUCAGUAGUAUGAUUGACAUACUUAUAUAGAUAUAUACCAAUAUGUAGAUUUGAAAUUAAAAGCAGUGUCUAGCUAAAUUAAAUCUGUGAACAGUAAGCACUGACUAAAAGUUGUGUUUCAUUCAUGACAAUUUGUAUUGACCUAUAAUGACCUACGUUUACAAAUUAUGACUUGGAUGGAGUUGUCACAUUGGCACUCAUACCACAUCUUCCUAUAUAUAUUUAACAUUAAAACUCAAUAUCAACUUAGCAGACACUGCUAUUUUCAGUGUUUGGUACAUGUUGGCUAUCACUGGGAACAACAUAGAAGGCUAUGGGGAAUAACCAGAGUACUCUUUUUGUAAGAAAACACCGUCAAACAUCCAAACAUACUAUCCACACUAAUUUGUGUCCACACUUAUUAUUAUUUACAUAUAUAGAUAUACCAGGGACA